GCUGACCGCCCUCCUGCGUGUCGGCUCCGUGUGUCCGCCCACAUCUCUUUGGCUUCAGCCUUUUAUCGUCCCUCCUCUCUUGUCUUUCAUUGACAAUCAAACAGCUUCGGCUGCACUUUGGAUGAAACGAGGCCAACAAUGCGGGCAGGUCGGCGCGCUGUUCACUGAGAGCCGCGGAUUAUUUUCCUCAUCGCCAUUUUUUUUCCCGGGUGCGCACAAUGGACACCGAAUACACGGCCGGCUUGGAAAACCCUCUCUACAGCGAGCUGAAGUACUUCUGCAGGAAGGUGCAGGAGGCCUACAAGGAGCUGAAGGAGGACCUGACACCCUACCGAGAUGAUCGAUUUUACAGACUGGCUCCCAUGCGGCUCUACACUCUGUCUAAAAGACACUUCGUCUUGGUCUUCGUGGUGUUCCUGAUCUGUUUCGGCCUCACAGUCUUUAUCGGGAUCGCAGGCCCGAGGAUCAUUGCUGAGCAAGAACACAAUGGUGAUCAAUGUCUUGCUUCUCAAAAUGAUUCUGUUAAGACUGGGCCCUUCAAUCUGCGUUCUCCUCCUCUCACCACCUACAACCAGCAGCUGUGGCUCACCUGCGUGAUGCAAGCUGAAAACAGCACCAUGGGAGAUUUCAAGCAGGACUUUAAGAUCAGCGUGGGGCUGAAGGGGGUCAUGCAGGACGCCUGCGUGACGCACAGCAACAACACGCAGCAGAAGUCCCGGACGCUGCACUGCGGAGCUAAAUGCGACGAGAUCAUCGUGCUGCAUCUGGCCUACCUGAACUACACCCAGUACCGGGCGGUGGUCAGCUUCCAGGGCCUGGAAAAAAUUAAAUAUGAGCUGAAGGUUAAGUUCGUGUGGAAAACCUACAAUCCGACCUUCUCACAAGUGGAAAUCUGGUUUCGCUUCGUCUUUGUGGUUUUGACCUUCAUGGUGACGUGUUUGUUUGCUCAUUCCCUGAGGAAGUUCUCGAUGAGGGACUGGGGCAUCGAGCAGAAGUGGAUGUCCAUUCUGCUGCCGCUGCUGCUGCUCUACAACGAUCCCUUCUUCCCGCUGUCCUUCCUGGUGAACAGCUGGUUUCCGGGGACGCUGGACGCUUUCUUCCAGGCCCUCUUCCUGUGCGCUCUGCUGCUCUUCUGGCUCUGCGUGUACCACGGCAUCAGAGUGCAGGGUGAGAGGAAAUUCCUCACGUUCUACUUACCGAAGCUGAUCAUCGUAGGGCUCCUGUGGCUCUCGGCCGUCACGCUCGGCAUCUGGCAAACGGUUUAUGAGCUCCAGGAUCCGACGUAUUCAUACAAAGUGGACAUAGCAAACUUUGAGGGGAUGAAGGUCUUCUUCCUGGUUGUAAUUGCCGUCUACGUCCUUUACCUGAUCUUCCUGAUUGUCAGAGCCUGUUCUGAGCUCAAGAACAUGCCUUACUCAGAUCUCCGGCUCAAGUUUUUGACCGCGCUCACAUUUGUGGUCCUCGUAAUAAGUAUGGUGAUCCUCUAUCUGAGGUUUGGCGCCAAGGCUCUUCAGGACAAUUUUGUGGCUGAAUUGUCAACUCAUUACCAAAACUCAGCUGAAUUCUUGUCCUUCUAUGGCCUGCUCAACUUUUAUCUGUACACUUUAGCAUUCGUGUACUCUCCUUCGAAAAACGCCUUUUAUGACUCCCAGUUGAAGGACAACCCAGCUUUCUCCAUGCUAAAUGACUCCGAUGACGAAGUCAUAUACGGUGAUUAUGAAGACAUGCCUUUACAAAACGGACGUGCCAUCAAAGCAACCGCCAAGUACCAGGACGAGAGCGACAGCGACUGAUGUGCCUCCGAGCGGCGUUUCAUUCAUCCUGUGUUCACAUCUGCAAAAAUCGAACUGCUUGUGCAAAAUAUGCUGCGUUUGCAUUGGAUAAAGAAAAUGAGAUUCUUUAAGUGUAUAUAAAUAUAUUUUUAAGAUGAUGAAUUACAUGUCUGCUGAAUGUAUUGUUCUCUCAGUGGGUGGUGUGUGCAGCCACUCCUUUCUUUUCUUUUCCCUCAAGAUUCAUUUAAACAGAUACGAUUUGGUCUAUUUCUGAAGUUUUUCUGCUGGUGAGGAACAUUACUUUCCAACUUUGUAAUUAUAAGUGAUGAGAAAACAUGAACUCGUCCUAUUCCUGGCUUUGUGUUGAACCACUCCUGUAUUCCUGUGUUCUUGUGUUCGUCAUUCCUUUUUUGCUCUCUGACAGCUUGAGAAUAACAAGUUUGUCUCUGACCUUUUGAUCUUUAGCUGUAAAAAAAAAAAAAAUAAUAAAAAAUUUCAGAGAGAGCCUUAA